CUUCACCAGAACCUCUCAGCUUCUCAGCUUCCAAAACAGGUCAUCUCUCCACCAACAUGGCUCUCUGUGGACCAUCCUGUGCCGUCCCCUCUUGUGCCUCCAUCCCAACCGUUGGGUUUGGAUCUGCCGGUUUGGGAGCCUUGGCCCCCAGAGGCCUGGGUCUCUCACCCUUCUCCUUGGGUGAAUCUGCAAGCGGCCUGGGCACCUUGGCCGGAGUCGCCCCCUCCUGCAUCAACCAGGUCCCAGCAUCUGAGGUGACCAUCCAGCCACCUGCAGUUAUAGUCACCAUCCCUGGUCCCAUCCUCUCCGCCAGCUGUGAACCCGUCGCCGUCGGAGGCAACGCCCCAUGUGCUCCUGGCGGUUUUGGCCAAGGGUUGCCCACCGGUCUCCUAGGAGGAGGCCAACCUCGCCUGGGCUCCCGUUAUGGAUUUGUCGGUAACCGGGGCAGCAUCUGUUAUACCCCUUGUUAAACUCACCCGGACGGUCAAAAAACAAAACAAAACAGGAAGACAGAGGACCUGAAAGGAUCAAAGGCAGAGGAUUUGGUGCCGAGGAGAACAUCUACUAGAGGUUCCUCACUCCAUAUCAUCAUCACUCAUCUUUCCUUAACCUGAAUCUAUUCUUUUCUCUCCCGGUUUUUUUUUUUAAGCAAGUGCUUUUCUGGUGAUUGUUUAUUCACAGCUUUUUUUUUUUCCAUGACACACAUUUUAAAGGAACCUCAGCUUGUUGUGCUUCUCCUGGUGAAUCACGCAGGAUGAAAGAGACAACCGUUUUUGGCAAGAGAAAUCUCCUGGUUUUUCUUUUUUUGCUCCACUGCAAAAUCUCCAAAGGGAAAUUGUUCAAUGUGUCUCCCUCUCUAUGCUUUUCUCCUUCCCACACUGUGUUUUAAGAAUAUGUUUCUUUCACCCUUCCUUCCUAAUAAAAGGUUGCAUCUUAA